AUGCGCUUUGGGGGAGAUGAGCAGCAGAUACGAUUCCCUCUCUUUCAUGGGUGUUUCAUGGGUGUGUCGAUGAAGGCGGCAUGUGCGUUGGUUUUUAAGAUCGCGGGCCGCAUAAUCAAGACCAACGCCGUGAUCGAUGGUGCCGUCAAGCGGAUUGACCGGCACUAUACCGGGCACCGGCACCAUUCAGAAAUGUGCCUGAAUAGUGCCAAACACUAUUCAGGGUCUGAAAACCCCUCUAUAGUGCCGGCUUGGCACUAUUCAGGAUUGCUCUACUUCAGAGUGCAGCGCUUGCGCUUUGCGGGGCUGACAGAGUAGUAAACGAACGGUACAUGGAUCGAUCGUGAGGUGGGCGACGUGAGCGGGCUUCAUUGAGUUUCGUCAGGCCCUUGGGCUGUUGAAAACACGGCAUUGGUCGCAUUAAAAUUGACUUGGUUGACCUGACCAGAUAGAUUUGUUGCACAGCAGGUGUUCUCUUCCCACCUCAGCGCA